AUGUUGAAGACGAUUUCUAGAGGUCGGACGUCUCCGUUGCUCAGAAGCAGCUUCACCGCGACACGGCCAUCAAUUUCACGAUCUUUGGGAAUGGCACCGGCAAACGUGCGGAGCAAUAGCUCUGCCUUGCCAGCAGGGUACAAGGAGGAUUCCUCCAAAGGACCUAUGUUACGAUUCGAAGAUUCUCUACCCAAACUUCCCGUGCCGACUCUUGAAGAGACGAGUGCCAGAUACCUGAAGUCCGUUCACCCGUUACUGUCCUCGUCCGAAUUUGAAUCCACUUCGAAGGCAGUACAAGAUUUCAUAAGGCCAGGUGGUGCUGGUAGCAAGCUCCAGGACAAACUACUUGCUCGACGCGGAGACCCAAAGCAUAAGAACUGGAUCUAUGAAUGGUGGAAUGAUGCGGCAUAUCUCACAUACCGGGAUCCUGUCGUUCCAUAUGUUAGCUACUUCUACUCCCACCGAGAUGAUAGACGGAGGCGGGAUCCAGCUAAGAGAGCUGCUGCGAUCAGUACCGCUGUCCUAGAGUUUAAGAAGCAGGUCGAUGCUGGCACAUUGGAGCCCGAAUAUAUGAAGAAGCUUCCUAUCUCCAUGGAGAGCUACCAAUGGAUGUUCAACUGCAGCAGAAUACCUGCCAAGCCCGCCGACUACCCUGCGAAAUACCCUGCCCAAGAGAACAAGUACAUUGUAGUGAUACGCAAGAACCAGUUUUUCAAGGUCUACCAUGAAGUGGAUGGAAGGCAACUGAAUACUUGCGAGUUGGAGCAGCAAUUCACAUCUAUAUACCAGAGAGCCGAGAAGGUUCCAGCUGUCGGUAUUUUGACCUCGGAGAACCGAGACGUAUGGACGGAUGCCCGAGAAGUUCUGUUGAAGGCACACCCGUCAAACGCCACAGCUCUAAAGACCGUUGAAGCCUCCUCCUUUGUUGUCUGCCUGGAUGAUGCUAGCCCUGUUACUCUUGAGGAGCGGGCACAUCAAUACUGGCACGGAGACGGCGCAAACAGAUGGUUUGACAAGCCACUCCAAUUCAUCAUCAACGACAAUGGAACUUCCGGCUUCACAGGCGAGCACUCUAUGAUGGAUGGCACACCAACACAUCGUCUGAACGACUAUGUUAAUGAAGUAAUCUUUGGCAACAAACUUGAUUUCUCGAACCCCUCAAUCCGCUCGAAUCUCCCAGAGCCUUCGGUUGUCAAAUUUCACAUCAAUAAGGAGGUACAAAACGAGAUAGAGCAAGCGACCAGGGACUUUACAGAGGUCAUUGGGUCCAACGAGCUCCGCGUGCAAGCAUAUCAGGGCUACGGCAAAGGCUUGAUCAAGAAAUUCAAGUGCUCACCGGACGCCUACGUGCAAAUGAUUAUCCAACUCGCCUAUUUCAAGAUGUAUGGCAAGAACAGACCAACAUACGAAUCUGCGGCCACUCGAAGAUUCCAGCAAGGACGAACCGAAACCUGCCGAUCGGUUUCUGAUGAUUCGGUGGCAUUCUGCAAGGCAGUCACUGACCACUCCGUUGAUAACGAGACUGCUAUCGCAGCUUUCCGUAAAGCUGUCAACUCGCACGUGGAAUACAUCUCUGCUGCCUCUGACGGCAAGGGUGUCGAUAGACAUCUGUUCGGAUUGAAGAAGCUUAUCGGGCCUGAUGAGGAGCUGCCAUCAAUAUACACAGAUCCAGCUUUCGCUUAUUCGAGCAAGUGGUUCAUCUCUAGCAGUCAAUUGAGCUCUGAGUAUUUCAAUGGCUAUGGAUGGAGUCAGGUUGUCGACGAUGGGUGGGGAAUUGCUUAUAUGAUCAACGAGAAUAGUAUCCAAUUCAAUGUCGUAUCCAAGGGUCUCGGAAGCGAGAGAAUGAGCUUCUACCUGAACGAAGCUGCUGGGGACAUUAGAGAUCUGCUUAUCCCUACGCUCGAGGCACCAAAGGCCAAGCUGUAA